AUGGUGAAUAAGUUGGAGCCUGAGAUCACCGACUGUGAGCAGGGAGAAAACUGGACCAGAAUUACCUUCAAGCCUGAUCUUGCCAAGUUCAACCUAACUCAUCUUGAAGAAGAUGUCGUAGCCCUCAUGAAAAAGAGAGUGAUCGAUGUAGCUGCAACUCUUGGAGAAUCCGUGAAUGUUAUGUUUGAUGGCCAAAGGGUGCUUGUUAAGAACUUCUCAUAUUAUGUCGAUUGGCACAUCAUGUCAGCUUCUAAGAAGAGACUUGUCGAACUCCCAAGGAUUUGCGAGAAGCUGAAUGAUCAGUGGGAGGUCAGCUUUGUGAAUGGAAUUGCAACCACAAGGGGUGGGUCUCAUGUUGAUUAUGUGGCAAACAAGAUUGCCACCCACGUGGCGCAUGUUGUGAAUGACAAGAAAAGCAAGAAUAUUCAUGCAGAAGUGCAUGAUGUGAAGAGGCAUCUGUGGCUCUUUGUUAAUGCACGCAUUCAGAACCCUACCUUUGAUUCACAGACAAAGAAUUUCUUGACGACUCCUUAUGAAAGCUUUGGGUCGAAUUGUGAUUUCUCCAAUGUUUUCUUGGAUAAGGUUGUCAAUUCUGGUGUUGUCCGCAAUAUGCUCCUUUAUCCUGGUUUUAUGUGUACAAGUAAGGAGGCGAUUCUACGGAAAAAAGGAGGUGGAGGAGAUAAUUGA